GCCGUCUCUGUCCAGAGAUAAAACGUCAGUGUUAGGGUUGAAAGGGAAAAGGUCGUCUGGAACAUGGCUGCUCCCCUGGAUGACAUGUUUUCCUUCUGCGUGGACCCCGGCAAAGCUGCCGCCUGCGUGGAAGUCCGAUUUAUAGACAAUAUUAAGGGCAAGGGUCUCUUUGCCAGAAGGACCAUCAAGAAGGGAGACGCCAUUUUUUUUGAGCGGCCUCUGGUCUCUGCCCAGUUCCUGUGGAAUGCUUUGUAUAAAUAUAAAGCCUGUGAGUACUGCUUACGUGCUCUGGAGACUGCAGAGGAGAAUGCGAGGAGACUCAGCGGCAUCCCCGGGCUCAGCCUUCCUCACCCUGAGCUCUGCCGUGUUCGACCAGAGCUGCACCAAGCCUGCCCUCAGUGCCAGGUGAUGUACUGUAGCAGCGAGUGUCGACAAGCUGCAGCAGAUCAGUAUCAUCGAGUUCUGUGUUUGGGUCCCUCCCAGGAAGAUCCGGACCACCCCAUUAACAAGCUUAAAGAUGCAUGGAGGAAUAUGCAUUAUCCCCCAGAGACCUCCAGCAUCAUGCUUAUGGCCAGAAUGGUAGCUGUGGUCAAACAGGCCAAAGACAAAGCACACUGGCAGAAGCUGUUUUCACAUUUCUGCAGCCGGGCAGCUAAUGAAGAAGAGGAGCUUGCACAUAAGCUCUUGGGAGAGCAGUUCAGAGGGCAGUUGGCCUUGUUACACAGCCUUUUCAAAGCAGCACUUUAUGAUGAUCAUCUUAGUCGGUGGUUUGUCCCUGAGGGUUUCCGCUCUCUGUUCGCUCUUGUGGGAACCAACGGACAAGGCAUCGGCACCAGUUCCCUGAGUAAGUGGGUUCAUGCCUGCGAUGCACUUGAGCUUCCUGCCCAGCAGAGGGAGCAGUUGGACUCUUUUAUCGACCAGCUAUACAAGGACAUUGAGAAAGAAACGGGAGACUUUCUAAACUGUGAGGGCUCUGGGCUUUUUCUGCUUCAAAGCUCAUGUAACCACAGCUGCAUACCCAACGCAGAAGCGUCCUUCCCCGACAACAAUUUCCUGCUUCAGCUCAGUGCCCUUAGUGACAUCAACCCAGGAGAGGAGAUCUGCAUCAGUUAUUUGGACUGCUGUCAGCGGGACCGAAGCCGUCAUAGCAGACACAAAAUUCUGAGGGAGAACUACCUGUUUGUCUGCUCGUGUCCAAAGUGCGUCACCCAGAUGGAUGAGCUGGAUGUGACAUCAGAGGAGGAAGAGGAAGAAGAAGGCGAAGCAGAAGGUGAAACAGAGGGGGAUGAGAUGGAAGAUGAGAUGACAGAUGUCUGAUGAAAGACUUGCCCAUAUUAUUCUCAGCCGUUCUCAUUCCUGCCACCACGCUAAGCAACCACGAAGACUGGAAGAAUAAAGACUAGUCCAAACAUGUGGAAAAAUGUCUUAUCAACACAUUUCAUUCAUUCUUUGUCCAUGUUUUAGAGAUCAACCUCAGAAAGCUUUUCCUUAAAUGAGGUACGUGUGUGAAGUGUGUCAGUAUUAGGACACUUAUUUUCUUUUUUUUUUUUAUUGUUUUCGCUCUACUCCAGCACACUGGGGGUUUUAAAUAAAACAAAGACUAUGAAGAGGGUGGAAAUUUCUACACAGUUUAUCAAAUGUGGCUGUAAACACCUUUUUAAAUCUACAUCAAUUAAAAUGUUUUUACUACUUGGGGGCACCUUAAUAACACCCCCUCAAAAUCUUGCUUUUGCUGCCCUCCAGUGGUUUAACUUCUCACCUUGCUGCAGUGAUGUAGAGAUGUACUCCGUUGGGUGUGAUUACAGGUGCAACAGAGCACAUUUCUGACCACACCCAACAGUAAAAGGUGAAACAAGCUUUAAACUUUCAACAAAAGAGGGCAAUUCAACUGGUGUUAAGUUACACUUUAAAUGUGAUAUGGUGAAUGUGUUAGCUACCAGUUGCCUAUUUACACAUCGAGCAGACGUAGAGCAACAUUAGCAUUCAUUUGGAGUUGUUGUUUUUUUGUCCACCUGAUGAAUGUAAGUCCAAUAUGCACUCUCCUAUAUAUAUCCACCCUCCUCUGCUCCACUAUGUUCACCAGCUAGUCAAUAACAUUAGCUGUGUGCCUGCUGCUGCUGGAAAUGACACUGAUGAGAGCGGCGAGAAAAAAUCAAACCAGUAAAGUCAUGGGCCAAAAAAGCAAAACAAGCUGAAAGAUGCUAAAAAGCUCAAUAGAGCUGAGGGGAACUGUGAUUAUUCUCUGUAGGGUCGUCACUACGAGCGACAUGACACAGUCCUUUGAUCCAUCGUUAACAUAAAAAUAUUGAUUAGAGGAGCUUUAAAUUAAAGCUGAAAGUCAGUACUUUAACCUAUAACCUCACAGUUAUUGUGUCAUGUGAUCCAAUGAUCCAUGUCAACCAAUGUGCUGGAGUACAGAGCCAAAACAAAACUGUCCUAAUACUUCCUUAUCGCACUGACUGACCUCCAGGUUCACCAAAUACAACUCAGAAGAACAGUUAUCGUUUCUUGUUCCUGACAAUUCUUAAACAAGACAAAGUGAUUAAGCAAAGGUCAAUUGGUUCUCAGGUGGUUUUCGCCACUUUAAGAAGUUUCUUACAUGACUAUGCAUACUGUAUUGAAGAGGCUUUUAAUUUAUAUUCCAUUGUAAUUACAGUCUUGUCAUAUGGGAGGUAUCCAGCCAGUGAAAUAUAGUUUGCUUUUCAUACCAUGAUCUAUAGGGGUUACGUUAAACAUUUAUUAAUGUAUUAUGGAGACCUUGAGUGGAAAAUUGCUUUGUCAGUAACUGUUUGCCCUUUGUUGAGAAAUGUAUUUCAAACCACAGUUCCACAUGAGUGAAAUUGCUGCUGCCCGCACAUUAAUCAAUAUUACAACAAUGACUGUAAUCACAAAUCCCAAUAUUUUCAGUUACUCCACAAAGAUUGGAAAUAUUGAAUGAGUAGUCCCAAUUUUCUCAGUUGGCAUUCAGCGCAGUGGCACAGGAGAACAUGGCUUUGUAAGUCACAGAAGUAUAAUUUAAAUAUUAUGACAGCAGCAAACAGGAGCCUAGCAGUUGUCGUUUUUACUACUCUGGCAUAAACCAUUGAAAUUGGA